AUGCUGAAGGACAUUCGUUCCCAGUCCGCGCAAUCAGUCCUCUGUUAUCCUAUCGGGGUCUCAGUGUUUCCGACUCCGUUUCCCAAAGCACAGUUUGAUAAAGCCUUGCGCUUGCAGUCCAUAUAUCAUGAGUUAUACUGUGCGUUGGCGGAGGAUGAGCAGUGGAUCUUUGACACAAUCAAGGAUCUCAUCUCAGUACACCCGCUUGCCGCAGCGUUAUGGGACAUCCAUAAACGAAUAAAAUCAUCCGGCGGGUACUGUCAGGAACUUUCUGUUGGGAUCUUUCGUUCAGAUUAUAUGCUUCAUGUUGAGGGCAACCCCACGGAGGACAAACCAGAUCUAGGACUGAGACAAGUUGAAUUCAACACCUUCUCCUGCGCAGGAGCCUCCCAUGCCGACAAGGUCGCCGACAUGCAUCAUCACCUUGCCCGUACGGGAGUAUAUGCUUCUGAUGAUAGCCCGAUAUCAAUCACUUGUCUUCCGCGGAAUAACAAUAUCAACAACGUGGCCGCAUGCCUGGCAGAAGCGCACACAGCAUACGGUCCACCAAAGAGCAAGGUCGCGAAGCAAACAGUUGUCCUCUUCGUUGUCCAGCCUCGUAACUUCAACAUAGCUGACGAACGGCCGAUCGAAUACGCGUUAUGGGACCGGGAUGUCCCGAUUCCCGCAUAUCGGGUCGACUUUGCCGAGGAUGUCUUACAAUACACAUCUCUCACGGAAUCUAGAGAGCUUCUCUUCCAUCCUCCCUGGCGGGGAUGGCAGCCGCCGGUUGAAGUGUCCGUUGUGUACAUGCGCGCAGGAUAUGAGGCUCAGGAAUAUAAUGAGACCGGCGUGGAAGCACGUCUGCGCCUGGAGAUGUCGCGGGCAAUCAAAUGUCCAUCUUUGCUGGCCCAUAUCCUCACCUUUAAGAAGGUUCAACAGAGACUGACCACUCCUGGCGCAUUGGAGCGGGUUCUUUCCGCUGAAAAAGCGGCUGUCAUCAGAUCCACGUUCGUUCAGAUAUAUCCCAUGGAUGAAUCGGAACGGGGCAUGUACGCACGGAGCCUGGCGCUGGACGCUCACUCGGCGAGGGAUUACAUUCUCAAACCGUCGUUGGAAGGAGGCGGGAAUAAUAUAUAUGGAGAGGAUAUACCACCGUUUUUGGCCAAGAUUCAUCCGUCGUCAUGGGGUGCGUUUGUGUUAAUGGAGCGCAUCGCCUCUCCGCGGGUGGAUAAUGUUUUGAUGUCACCACAAGGGAUUGGUCUAGGAGGGGUGGUGUCGGAACUGGGGGUUAUUGGAGGGUGUCUGUGGCGAACGGGAGAGAUAUUGUCUAGUUCGGUGGCGGGGUGGUCGUUCAAGACAAAAUUUGAGGAGGUGGAUGAGAUGAGUGUGGUGAAAGGGUAUGGAUGCUUUGACACUCCAUUGUUGUUUGAGCAGUGA